AUGACGGCUAACCACACGUUAAAUGUCCCGGAAGAGAGUCCCGCACAACCCAUCGAGCUUGGCUGGUCUUCAGAGCGGCUUGUAUUACGAGACAGUAGAGAAGAUUGGACAGGCAUAACCAAUCCCACUGAGAGGAGGAAAUUGCAGAACCGGUUGAAUCAAAGAGCACGCAGAGACAGAGCACGAAAGCGUACCUCACGCGAGACAUCGGAAACGGAACAUGGUGUACGACCCAAUCGGAUCACUCGCGUUGAUAGCACAUCCAAGUCUCCACAAGCGACAGAAAUCCCAGCAGUGAUCACUCCCAAAAAGCCACCGCCACAAGGAUGUAUGGUAGCAUUGCCCGAGGUACGAGCCUUGAUGGAUCGAUUUGCAGGCCACGCAUACGCCAGUUACCUGCAGGGAGAACCUGCUAUAUCCCACCUGUCGCUUCUUGUCAGGUACAAUUUGGCUACUUCUUUAGCGGCAAAUGCAAUGAUUCUUGGAGUUGUCAAGGAGUUCUACGAAUGGGACGGCAUAUCUCCUAUGAAUAAACAUGGCCCACAACUAGGCUCAACCUUUCACGAGAACUUUGCAGACUGGCCAGCCACGCUGCAGCCUACUCAACUUCAGCUGAGUAAGGCGCACCAUCCUUGGGUCGAUUGCUUCCCAUGGCCGCAACUACGCGACAACCUACUCCAAGCAUUUGAGCGUCCCGAUUUGUGUGAUGAAGACGAGCUCUGCCACGAUAUAUGCGAUCUCGUCGAUAACAAAGAACCGAUGUUACUCAUUUGGGGCUCACCAGCGGAUCCACGUUGCUGGGAAGCCAGCGAUCGCUUUCUCCGCAAGUGGGCAUGGCUCUUCAAUGGCUGUGGACAGGUGCUCAUGUCAACUAAUUACUGGCGAGCACAGAGAGGAGAAGCCUUGAUAACGCCACAGGAGUUCGCUAAGUUGGUAAGGCUGAGCUACCUCGAUCGGCUAAACUCCGUGGCAAGGUAA